GGCGCCGCGUCCCGCAGACGGCCAUGGCCGCCGCCGCGCAGUACCUCCCGCGCUCCGCCGCGCUGCUGCACCCCGACAGCGAUCGCCUGCAUCAGGGCACCACGUACCGCGAGGUGCAGAAGAUGAUGCACCACGAGUACCUGCAGGGCCUGGCCCCCGCCGCCGCCGGGCACGCCGUCGGGCUGGCGCACCACCAGUGGCUGCCCAGCGCCGGCACGGACUGGGGCAGCGGCGGAGGAGGAGGAGGCGGCGCGCACCUCCCGCCGGCGGCCGAGCACGGCAAGGGGGGUCCGGGAGGGCCCCGCGAGGAGCUGCCCCCCGCCGCCGCCUUCCACCCGCGGCCGCACCUGGUGCCCCAGGCCGGCGGCUGGGCGCAGGGCGCGGGGCCGCCCCCCCACCUGCCCCCCAUGUCGCCGCCGUCGGGGCAGCCGCUGCUUUACGGGCAGCCCUACGGCGGCCUCAACGGGAUGCUGGGCCCGCCCGGCCCCGCGCUGCACCACGGGCACGGGCUGCGCGACCCGCUGGGCGCCGAGGAGGCGGCGGGCCACGAGUUGGCGGCCUCGCCGCCGCCGCCGCUGGGGCCGCCCGAACCGUCGGACGAGGACGCGCCGAGCUCCGACGACCUGGAGCAGUUCGCCAAGCAGUUCAAGCAGCGGCGGAUCAAGCUGGGCUUCACGCAGGCCGACGUGGGGCUGGCGCUCGGUACCCUCUACGGGAACGUCUUCUCGCAGACCACCAUCUGCCGCUUCGAGGCGCUGCAGCUGAGCUUCAAGAACAUGUGCAAGCUGAAGCCUCUGCUCAACAAGUGGCUGGAGGAGACGGACUCCAGCACGGGCAGCCCCACCAACCUGGACAAGAUCGCGGCGCAGGGCAGGAAGCGCAAGAAGCGCACCUCCAUCGAGGUGGGCGUCAAGGGCGCCCUGGAGAACCACUUCCUCAAGUGCCCCAAGCCCUCGGCGCACGAGAUCACCUCCCUGGCGGACUCCCUGCAGCUGGAGAAGGAGGUGGUGCGGGUCUGGUUCUGCAACCGGCGGCAGAAGGAGAAGCGCAUGACGCCGGCCGGGCUCCCGCACCCGCCCAUGGAGGACGUUUACGCACAGGCGGACACUUCGCCGCUGCACCACGCGAUGCCCGGUGCCGUGCCGUGACCGCCGGCCCCGCCGCUGGGCCCCGACGGCGGCGGCGGAGCGGGCGCGGGCGGCGGGACGCGCCCCGAUUCCUUCCUUCCUUCCUCGGACUGGCCCGGCCCGGCCGCCCUCCCCAGCCCUAUUUAUUCGGGCGCCGGAGCCGCUCGCGGCCGCAGCAGAAGUAGCCAAAGGUUUGCGAUCUCUAAUUUAUUCCCUCCCGCGGGGCCCCCGGCUCCGGCCCGGCCGUAGGACGCGGCGCUGCCCGUCCCGGCCCCUUUCUAUUUAUUUUCUAACCGUGCGCGGAGCUCACUCCCUCCCGUUGGUAGGUUCGGUUCGGUUCAUCCCCCCUCCCACCCCUCCAUCCCCCUUUUCCCCUUUGGUUUCGGUUUUUUGUUUGUUUUUUUUGUUUGUUUGUUUUGUUUUGUUGUUGUUUUUUUUUUUUUCGUUUGUAUCUUUAUUGCAAAACAAAUGUAGACUGCGAGGGUACGUUUCUAUUUAUGUUAUAGUAAAUAUUUUAUUACUUACAUAAACCAUUUACCCAGGAACCGGUCUCGUGUCGUCUUUCGGGAGCGGGGCGGCCUCGGGCCGGGGUCCAUCUGGCCCCCAUCCCCACCACCCCCCCCGCAUCCCACCCUCGGUGCGCUCCCCGCUGCCGUUCGGUUCCACCCCGCGCUCCGGAGCGCCGAAGGAGCGUCCCGCUGUGCCGCGAGUUCGUUACGCUGCGCCGAACUUCUGCUUUGCAGCGUGAGUAGAAAAGAGAACUUCUCUCCGCUUCUCGCAGGGAUAACAGACGUCCGUGAGCAGAGCUCGAAACGCCGCGUUGUUGUGGUUUUCGUUUUGUUUUUUUCGCUCCGACGUGUUCCGCUGUCCCCAAUUCUCACGGCUUCGUGCCCCGGUGGGUCGCGGUUGCCACAGGGAAAGCUGCAAAUUGCCGUGUUGUUUAGAAGGACCGACCCCCAUCUCCUAACGCUCUUCUCUUCCAGUACCGCGGGGACUGCAGCCGCCACUGCGUGUCCUUUGGGUCCAGCGGUGUUUUGUGCAGAGGGAACUGUGCCGUGUGUGCCUGCACUGCUCGGAUGCGAGGUUGAGAGCCGGGGGUAAAACAUCCAAUUUCCUUUUAAUUUGGCAGAGAACUUCCCGUGGUUUCAGCUCCUAGUGUGGCACUGCUGGCCCUGCUGGAGUCCGGGCAUCAAUUCCAUCCCAUGAGCCAGCAG